ACGAAAACGACAUAACUCACUUUAGAGUAACAAAUAAUGUGCGUGAGGAAUACAGAAAUUCGCUAUAAAAACAUAAAUAAAUCCGGAUUGAAACCAUUUAUGUAUGCAUUUAUGUCAUUCAUGUAAAUAUGCUAUAGUUGAAAUCCGUCGUGAAAUUUGCCACCUGGGUUACUUUUGACAGUUUCCGGCAAGGAUAUCAAAGUUCAACAAGCGGUGGCGGUGUUUCUUUAUUGUUGGUCGCAGUCUUUACGGCUUAUUCAAAACAUUAAAGUUGAAAGCUGUCGUUUUUCUGCUGACAUAGCUCAAAAUUGCACUACAAUUGCUAUAUUUCGUGCACACUACUUGUAUAAGCACAUAUUUCGCCACUGUACAUUAUGGAUGAUAAAGGUUUCGUGCUAAGUGAAGCCGUCAAUAUCGGCGACUUGUUGAGCGAAAAAGGAGCACAGUUUCAAAUAAGUACCAAAUAUAAUGAGCAUGGCGAAGAAUUUUUCAUGGAAGAUGAUUAUGGAAGCGCCGACGAGGAUGAGGACACUCACCGGAAGAUUAUGAGCCCUUGGGACAAGAGUUUCGAUGAAUUGCGAGCGCAAAUGUUUAUGGUUUCUGAAUUUAUCUAUAAACGAAUAACAAAACAGGGAGUAGGUGACGAACUUGUUCCCGAACGAGCCAGGGUUACCAUAGAUUAUAAUGGUUAUUUCGAAGGAGAAACAUAUGCAUUCGACUCGACUUCAAUGCGUGGUGAAUUCAAACAAUUCACUAUUGGAAGGUCUGAAGUGCUAAUUGGUUUGGAGGAUGCUGUAAAAUCAAUGAAACCAAGCGAAGAAGCUCAGUUCGUAAUAGGCUAUGAAGUUCUUUUCGGUGAGCUUGGAUGUAAGCCCCGAAUUAAACCAAAGGCAGACGCCUUGUUUAUUAUCAAGUUAGUAAGUUUCACAGAUCCUGGCGAUGCAGAAGCAUUAGAUAAACUUACUCCAGAAGAGCAAAUGUCAUAUAGCGUAGUUAAACAAAAGGUAGUGGACACGCGAAAUCAUGCUAAAGACUACUUCAAGAGAAAUCUGGUUUCGAAUGCCAUCAGCGAUUAUCAUAAAGCUGUUGGUUACUUAGAAAGAUGUCAUGUUAAAGACGAAGAAGAACAAAAAGAACAAACCGAAACAUUGAUUCAGCUGUAUAGUAGUCUGGCUGUUUGCUAUAAUAAAAAAGAUAACCCUCGUCGGGCAUGUUUAAUGAUAAAUGAAAUACGUCGACUUGGCAAUAUUGAUCGGAUUCCCAGGGCACUAUUCCAUGAAGGUCGUGCGCUUAUGAAUUUGGGCGAAUAUGAGCGGGCCAAAAACUGCUUACUAAAGGCACAGCGUCUUGAAGCUUCCAAUAAAGAUAUUAGUAAAGAGCUUAAGAUACUAAACGAACGCUGGGAAAAGCAUCGCCAGGACGAGAAAGCCAUCUGUGCACGUGCAUUUGGGUUAAAAGAGCGCAAGGAUGAAAAACGCACUGAGGAACAAAUUCGAUUCACUGACACAAUGCGAAAAACAUUAGAAACUUUUGUAGAGGACGACAAGAGCAAACAACUAACGUUACCUGAGGGUCUGACCAACAAGGAAAUAGACACUGUACAGGAUUUGGCGAACUCUUUCCAACUUAAGUUGACUCUUUAUAAAGACAACAGUAAAGAUUUCUAUCGGCUGGAGAAGAUACCAAAGGAAGACAAAUGAAAUCAAGAAAAAUUUAUGUAAAAAUGUGAAUACUUUUAAAUGCUUGAAUUCCGAUCAAAUUGGAGUUCCAUACUUAACAAAUGUAGAAACAAUAAACUGUUGAACCAAAAGAAUCUUAACCGCAUAAAACAAAUAAAAGUAUUAUUGACUUAUAAA